CGUUGGGGCAAACCGGGAAGUGGGAACCGUUGGGUUCGUCCUGGAUUCGCCGCCCCAUGGCCCACACAUUUCGCUCUGGUGGCCCUCUGCCUCCACUCGCUACGGUUUCCCCGCUGUGGGUGCAACCCGCGGGCGCUGGGGAGGGGCCGGGGGAAGGAAGGCGGGCGGACGCUCUCCGUGGCUGGCCAAGGCUACCGGUUGCCAGAAGCAUCGCUUGCCUGGACCCACGGCCCGGCGGGGCUCCAGGAGGGAAGCCGUGGUUCCUGGAGGACUUAGGGGAGGACUACGAGGCUGAUGCUACUGACUGGAGGGGAGAACCCGUAGUGAGCAGCCCGAUCCCUCCCUCGCUACAGCGUCUCCGGGCUGUGUUGCUGCGGCUGUACCAGGAGCGACAGCAGCUCCUCCAAGCCCGGGACUACGCCCGCCUCCUACAGGCGGCAGUGCGUCUCCUGAGGACCCCGAGUCUGGGCUUACGGUCCUGCGGCCCUAGUUCCUUGUCCCACCUGUGCCACGACCUGCAGCUGCACCCUUCCGGAGGGUCUGUCCGAGGCAUCGGCCUUCAGGAGCCUCUGGAGCCGCUACUUCUGGCGCGCCCCAUCGGACUAGCUGCGCAACGCCUGGAUGCUGCCAUCGAGAUGGAGUUUCGCGCUCUGGGACGGGAGCCCGCCAGCCCAGGCCUGUCGUCCCAACUCGCCGACCUGUUGCUAGCACUUCCCGCCUACCACAGGCUGCAGGGAAAAGCCAUGAGCCACGUCCCAGGGGCUGCGCGCCCUUUCCCCCCGGUCCGUGUGCUCGGUCUCUUGACGCGGGAGCGGGGUUGUCAGGUGGCUAGUCGGCUGGAUGAAGCAUUCAGGAAAUCGGGAUUGCGAGACCAGCUCCACAGGUGGUGCCACGAGGAGCGGGAGCUGCUACCAGGGAUCCUGGGCCUGGUGGAGAGGGUGACGGGUUCACCAGGCUGUAGCCCGGGGCUUGGAGGGGCUGGAGCCCUGUGGAGCCAAUAUUGGACCCUGCUGUGGGGAACUUGCGCUCAGAGUCUGGACCUAAACCUAGGACCUUGGAGGGACUCCAGGGAAGCAGCACAACAGCUCCGUCAGGCACUGGGUCAGGCAUCCCUGCCUCAAGAGUGUGAGAAGGAGCUGACUUAUUUGUGUCACAGCCUACUUCAUCAGUCUCUUAUCUGGAGAUGGGACCAAGGUUUCUGCCAGGCCUUGGGAUCAGGUCUUGGGGAUCAGAGCAGCCUUCCCUCGUCCUCGUGUACUGCUGAACUUUUGCAACAGAUCUUUCCUCCUCUCUUGGAUGCCCUUCGAGAACCCAAGUCACCACUGAUCAUCUGUCAGCCUCUAGGUCCUUCACCCAUUGCCCUGGGACUCUGUACUCUGCAUACCACCUUGCUCUGGUUCUUGGGCAGAGCUCAGCAGUACUUGGCAGCAUGGGCCCCAGGUUCCCUCCUGCUUCUGAUUCAAAAGGACUUACCUCCUCUAUUGCAAGAGGCAAAAACUCUUUCUAGCCUGGCCUCAGAGGAAAGCUUGGCUCUGGAGGUAGAGCAGCAACUGGGCCUGGAGAUCCAGAAGCUGGCUGCACAAAUCCAGCUCCUGCCUGAAAAAUCACUAAGUCUCUUUUCUCAAGAGUGCCACAAACAAGCCACACGUGGUUUCAAUAUCUACAUGCCACGGGGUCGGUACUGGCGGCUUCGUCUCUGUCCUGAACUUCCCAAUGUUCCUAGUGAGUAUGCUGGAUUAGUGGUCCGCACCGUACUGGAGCCUGUGUUGCAGGGAUUGCAGGGAUUGCCACCUGAAGCCCAGGCCCCUGCCCUCAGUCAGGCACUGACAGCUAUCCUGGGUGCCUGGCUUGACCACAUCCUCACCCAUGGAAUCCGGUUCAGCCUGCAGGGGGCACUGCAGCUCAGACGAGACUUUGGAGUGGUCAGGGAGUUGCUGGAAGAAGAGCAGUGGGACCUGUCCCCAGAUCUUCGCCAGACUCUGCUCACGCUCAGCAUCUUCCAGCAGCUGGAUGGGGCCCUCCUGUGUCUGUUGCAGCAGCCUCUGCCCAAGUCACAAGUCCACAGGAGGUCCUCUUGUUGCUGUGCUUGUGAUGAGGUCCAGACCACAGAAUUUCCCAGCAGCAGCCUCAACAACCUGGAGAACUUGGAGCACCCACUCUGGCCUGGAACAUCCCUACCCCAGACAGCUCAGCUGCUAAACACACUGAGGGGAGGAGGACCUAGCCCUGAGGUUUACCUGGUGGGAAAUCAGCAGGCAUGGCUUGCCUUGAGGCAGCACCAGCACCCCAGUUGGCACCUGCCUUUUCUUUCCUGCCUGGGGACCAGUUCUGAAUCCUAAGGAUCCUGGGACCAGG